AGCUGACCAAGCUGACAAGACGCCAAGUUAACAUGGCGGUGGGAGAUGCUGUAGAUGGAGCGGUAGAACAGCUGAUAAAUACAGCUUCUGCUUUGGGAAGUACAACAAUCGACCUUAGUAAGAAAAGGCUUACCCAAGUUCCCCCUGACGUGCUAAAUUUACAACAGUUAGAGGUAAAUUUGAUUGCCAUUUUUAUAAUCUUCAUUUGUCAUCUCUGACAGCCCGUUUGCUGCUUUCAUAAAUGUUUAUCGAAGUAAAAGAAAGAGACAUAUUCUUCCUUGUAAAUUCAUUUUGCUUUGCUUUGCCAUUUCCAGUUUUUGUACUUGGAAGGAAAUUCUAUUUCGUCGUUACCCGAGGAGCUGUUCGAUUGCCUACCAAACUUACGUUGGCUUGAUCUACGGAACAACCGCAUAGCGGAGAUUCCUUCGGUUAUUGGAAAACACAGGUUUGUUAUGAACAGGUCUAGCCAGUUAGAAAUAUCAACGAGCCGCCAAACGUUAAUGAGUCUAUAAAUCGUCAGGUACACGCAGCAUCGCCUUCUAAGGUGCUAAUUGAAUGUUAGCACUUCACUGACACAAAUUCUGUUUCUUUCUGGAGCAGAAGCGACACUACAUAAUUAUGAAUAUCUGUGGCAAAUAUGGCUUUGCCGUAUUAAAAUUAUAGACAAAAUGAAAAAUACAUUAUGUACGAAUAGGGCUUCAAAGUACGGUGAACCUCUUACAAGGCCGGGUCACCUCUCCCAAAAGGCAACGAACACAGUCCAUACAUUCACUCUCAUUUUAAUCACUGCAGUCUCUACAGUGGCAAUAUACUAACUUGCAUUCUGUCUGCUAAAAUUGUUGCUUCACAAUGGCCAUUUAAAGAAAGAAUGAUGUACAAACUUGGCAUGAUGUAACAGCUGAUUGUAUCUUACUUGCUGUGUUUAAUUUGUUUAUGAUUUUGUUUUGAGCAAUUGCUUUUCGGCUUUCGAUAUAUUUUUGUCUGCCUUUUGUAUUGAUUAUUGAUAUGCUAUUACUCAAAAGAGUUAUUUUUAUCCCCCCCCCCAAAAAAAAAAAUGAAAAUAAAUAAAUAAAAAAUGAAAAUAGUGUCAUGUAAUAGAAGUACAUGUAUUAGUGGAUGGCGGUAAUCUCUGUGGUCCAAAGACAGACAUUUCUGUUUGUUUUUUGUUUUUCUAAAUAGAAAUUUGAGAAAUCUGUUACUUGAAGGGAACACAAUAGAGACACUUCCUUUGGAGUUAGGUAAGUUAACUAAUAAUAAUUAUUUUAUUCAUCAUACUUGCAUUAAUCUUACUGGAAAGCAUGUCAAUAAUUGUCAUGUCCAGUUAGUUAUUUAGACAGUAAAGGGAUUAAUGUAGCAGUUAACUUCAAAAUCUGAAAUAACGAGCUAAAUAAAAUAUUGAAAACCUAAUGAGUCUAGUAAAAACCAUUUGGUGAUAGUGAGCUACAUUAAAUUUUUUUUUGUUACAUUUUCAUCUUUUCCAGGUCUGCUUAAAAGUUUAUCUGGACUGAAUCUAUCAAACAAUCCUCUUGAGUUUCCCCCAUCGCAUAUAGUGGAAAAAGGCACACAGGUAUGAUUGCAGUUGUAUGUUGCAAAUAUGCAUGAGUUAUUGUUAAUGGUUAAAGUGUAGGAUACAUAUUUACUAUCUAUCACCCAAGAGGCUUACAGUGAAACGCGGUCAAGUGUUCUUUGAGAAAGAAUAAAAUAUGAAGUUGAUAAUUUCAUUUUUGAGUUCAUUAUUCAUUUCAAAAUUAAGUUCAAAAAUUGAGUUUUGAUUGGAUUAGUGAGACAAUCAAUCAUCAAAGCAGCAAAAUUCUAGAUUUUGAUCACUGGUGAGAAUUUUACUAAAUAUUUGGACAAAAUGUUACUCAUAGUAAAAGUUACUAGUUCAAAAGAAUAAUAAUUAUGUAAUUAAUUUUUCUGUGUAUAAUGAAGUUAUUUGUCCUUAGUUUUGACUUUCACAGUUUUUUGAAGAAAGAUAUUCCAGAUGUCAUUCCAAUCUCAACCUUUGUUCAUUUCAGUCUUGUGGUCAUAAGCUUAAAGCAUCGUGCAAACAGCUGCAGCAUUGCUAGUUGUUGCAUCUGUUUUCGCGUAGCUAAAAGUCUGAUGGGUUUCAAACUUUGCACAACAUCUCCCAACAACAUGCAACAACAUGCAAUGAAGGUGUGCAAACAGACGCAACAUGCCCCGGGGGGAACUCUGCAUAUGAAAGGAGAGGGGAUGCUUGUCUCGCUUAGGGGUAUAAAUUUCGGAUUUUGGGCAAAACGUCGUCAUAUUUAGCCAUGAAGGUCUCGUUUAGGGUUGCACGUGAAAAAAAUAUAAGAAUAUGUGUAUUGUCUGUGGUUUAACAUGGUCUCUUUUAGGGGUCAAAAAAAGCUUGGGCUACGCCCAGAUCCGUCUUUUUUAGGGGUUUAAUUCCAAUUUUCCAAUGAGCAUCCCCACCCCUUUCAUAUGCGGAGUCCCCCCUGGGGCAACAUGUAACAUUGGCCAACAAUGUUCGUCUUUUUGCAGGGGCUUAACAGUAAACAUGGCUGUAAAGGGCAUGGUAGCCAUUAUAUAGAGAGACUAUCUUUAUAAAUGCUUCCCAACUGAUGUCUCUUUUCGUUACAUGUUAAAUUGAUUUCUCCUCCAAGAUCAAUAAUUUUCUUAUUUUUUUUAAAAAUCAAAACUGAAUUUUUUGUUUUGAAUGUUCAAUUAUUCAACUGCAGAACAAAAGAAGUAUAGAAACUAAUAAAUAUGAAGUCAAGUUCAAAUUAUUUUCGGCUUAGGAAUGCUUAGACUGGGUUUCACUGUAAUCAAAAACAGAGGUCAACAAAAACAAAUGGACAAACCUAAUCUAAAGAAAACAACAGUCGUGCAAUGGCAUGAAACUUGCAAGUUUUUGAAAACUGUCUAACUUAUGAAAAUAUAUAGAAACAUGAGUUAUUAUAUAAUACUGAGUUGAUAUCAUUAUGACCUUUCUUGCAGGAAAUUCUCAAGUUUCUUAGAGAACAGUAUUAUUUACAGCUUCAAGAGAGAGGAGGAAGAGUGCUUGUGGAAGGUCUGUACAAGUUUAUAUUCUGCUUCUAAUGUACAGGCUGUAAGGUGCCACUCCAGAGUUCAGCCCCCUUUAAUCUACCCUCCCUCCUCCCCACAGGAGAAUUUUGUCUUGGGCCAUUCCAGUAUGAAGCAGUGGUAUAAUCUGAGUAUAAUAAUUAUACUGAGGAUGAAUUAUUCACCCUCUCUCCCAUAUCUCCCCUUUUCCAAAUGCUCCUGAAAUUUUUUGGUACCUUCAUCUUGGAUGGGAUACACACAUUUGAAUUAACACUUGGUUGCAAAAUGUCAAUUUUCAUUCUGAAGUUAGAAGUUUCAGGUAGUAUAUAAUCAUUUACUGAGAGGCAUUAUUUUUGCCAGGAGGUGUUUUACAUUCUGUGACACAUGAAAACCUGGGGAGGGGGCCAUGAUCCUUUUGAUAAGAUUAAGUUUCUCAGGGUCGCCUGUUUCCAUCUCCCAACCAAAAAUACUGUGCAAGCUAGGUCACCAAGCAUAAUAAGCAGUAGACGUCGUCGAGAGUAUUGUAAGGCUGUUUAAAUUCUACUCAACAUCCUAUGUUUUCUUUUUCAGAGCAUCCAGAAUCUUCAUCAAGUGAGGAGCUGUUGAUCGGUCCAGCACCAUAUGGUGCUGAACAGACUUGUAAGUUAAUAAUUGAAGUCAUUUACUUGAACGAGUUCCUUGUACGAGUAGUGAUUUAAGCUACGUAAAACAGGCAACAAAAAUGGGCAACUUGUUUUACAACAUUGCUGCAAAAUGAUUUGAAAAGCAAUGAUGCGCGUAAAACCCACAAAAGGGUUCUGUCUAGGGUAUUUGAGGGGUAGAAGCCCCCCCCCCCCCCCCCCAAAAAAAAAAAUUUUUUUUGUUAAAUUUAUAAAGAAACUUAAUCAAAAAAAACAUAAAAAACAAAACAGAUAAUGCCCCACCCUUGAAAAUUCUCAAAAAUGUUUCCUAAAAAAGCACAAAACCCCUCCCCAGGGAAUUUUUUUUUAAAAGCCCCCCCCCCCCCCCUCCAAAAAAAAAUAUUGUUAUCGUUACAGUAUAUAAGUAACUAUAUCAAAAAAAUCAUGAAGACACAACGAGAUCAGUGCGCACACUGUGACAUUUCUCAAAAUUGUGCCUCAAAAUGCACCAGACUGCAUCUCAGGGCAUAUUCAUUUCUAAAAAUUUUCGGGGGAGGGGGGCUUGCCCCUGGACCCUCUAGGAAGCUUGUAGCCUUCGGCCACUCAUGACUUCUCCUCCAAACUAUAAAUUCUAGAUAGAACCCUGCACAAAUCAAACCUGCCUUAAAAGAAAUCAGGUUAUUUGAGGUUGUGAAAAGGUCUUCUAGAAAGUAGAGAGGAGUUGUACUUUUUUUUGCUACAAAAUCUGUAUUAAAAUGAUUCCCUUUAACCGGCCCAAGGCAAACUUGUUUUGCAACAUGUGAUGCCACUCCUAAUAGUAUGGCAUGAUUUUUUUGCAUUUUCAUACAACCUGUUUUGUUGCAAUUAUAUAAACAAGUUUUCUUUGGUAGUGGAAAAAACUCACAACAUCACUUUCCAACUAGUUUUACAGCAGUGUUGCAAAACGAGUUGCACAUAUUUGUUGCUCUUUUUACUGCAACUUCAGGGAGACUAUUUUUCUGUUAUUUCUUUAUGAGGAACGUUACUGCUGUGUUUUAUGUCUUCGCUUUUACAAACGUUGAAUGGAAGUCCUACGCUAAAACAAGCAGGGAAAAAGAGAGAAUUUCAGCCCUAUGACAUGCUGUUAAUAAUCACUGUUUUUACUUUUUGUUCUUGUGGUAAUAAUUUUCUUUUAGGUGUGUUGUGUAAUUCUUUACAAAUAUUUUGCUCAGUCCUAUUGUUUAACACCACUAACCUGAGCAUGACUUAUAACGUGUCUGCAUUAACAUCUUACAAGCGGAUCUAUUCUCGGAACUUACUAAGUAAUAUAAUAGUAAAUCAGGGUAGAAAAAGAUACGCAAAUUUAAAGGUGGAUAUCGCUCCAACUUGUCCUUCCUCAACUUUUAUACACUAUCAGGAUUACGCCUGUAGCUUCCCACUAUUUUUGCAGUGAAGUAAACGAGUUACUAAAACAGCAAAGACCGUAGUUUCUUUGAUAGUGAGGUAACUUUAGAACAACAAAAAGAGAGAUAAAGUAUUCCGCAAGUCCUUGGCUUUUGUUAAAAAUCUCUGAAAUCUUGGGAAACUCGAAACAAAAGUUUGGAGAAAUACUGAUAUCCACAUUUAAAUUUGCGUUUCAGGGGUACAAGAUGAAGAAGAAGUUCAAAAUGAAAAUGAGAAAAGUAAAAGAGCUGAGAGGUUCAAACUGCCUCCAAUUUUCCAAGCGGCUGCAAGACACAAAAAUCGUCCUGUUGACGAAUCAGAGGGGCUUUUAAGAGGGCAAAAAGCUCGGACAUUUGAACAGGAAAAACCGUCUAGGAAUGUUGUGGGUAGGGAGCAGAGGUCCCCCGCGAGAGUGAUAAAGCACGAAGCCAUUUCGCCGAGAAAGGACGCGGUAUUUCAUGGGUUUGGGUCGAAUGAAGGCAAAAUUCAACUGGAACCUUUGGACAGAAGUCGGCGAAAAAGCGAACGAACAGGGAAGAGCUUGGAGGGUCUGGACAAAAGUUUAGAGUUAGAUAAACAGUUAUACAUUGUAGAUAUUACUAAAAAAGACGCAAGAAAUCCGAAGAGCGAGAAAACCAAAAGAAGAAGGCGAACAAAGACCGAAAGUCCUCAAAGAAAUUUGCCACUAAGAGAAGGUUCCAGCAGUAAUGGAAAUGUAGCUGUGGCUUCCAAUGAGGAAAAAGCUGAAAAUGUAAAGGAAAAUAAAACCCUUCAAUCUCAAAAAACUGUACCGUUUGUAAAUGUAGAGGAGAAUUCUCUUAGCGGCAAGAAACAUCAGAAGCCUCAACAUUCUCAAGUUAAAAACAAGAGUUCAGGCGUGUUAUCCCUGAGUGAAGGAGACAUGGUCGCCGUUAAAGUGCCUGAGAAACUUUACAUCAAAGGACAGCCCUGCCUUGGUAAAAUAACAGCGCUGGCAGAUCACCAAGGUCUCCUUACUGUUCAUUACUACACGGGUAGUUAUCAAGGCCGUUGGAGACCGAUGAUGAGUAGGACUAGUCCUUAUCUUAGAAAGGUAGCUGCGGAUGAUGUGUUGUGCAAGUUUAAGUUGAGUUCUGAUGGAAGAAUGUCGCCUAUCACUCAAAGAAAGCUGAAAACAGUUGUUGAUGAUGAACGGAAAGAAGAAGGCAACACAUGAGGAGAAGAGAAUCGAGUACACGGCUAGAAAUGAGAAUUUCAGUCCUGAUGGACAUUUCACUCAAAAAAAAGUCGGAAACAGUUACACUGUACUUUUUAAACUAACAAAUAUGACAAUCAGCUUUUUUAUAACCAUGAACGCACAAAUUCUGCUAAAUGAAAAGUUAAUUUUUAAAAUGAACACAUGAGCGGAAAAAAUAACCCCAGAUAUUUCGAAACUGUGGGUACAAAUGUUUUAAAAUUGAUUGAUAUAGAUGACCACACCGAUGGAAUUUUUUCCCGAAAACGGAACUAAGGGGAAAAUGAUACAUUCGUCUCGUAUAGUGACGUAAAGGUAAAAAACGUAUCAAUCUAUUUGAGAUACGAAGAAUAAUGUUUUUGUUGUAGUAAUAGUAUAAAUACUUUUUAAAUGAACUAAACGAUUAUAGGCGAUCAACACAACAACUACCACUUCUUAUAAUAGGUGAUGGUCAGAAUACGAGUACAUCUAUAAUCUGAAGGAGUAUGUAUAUUUUGAACAAUUAGAGCAUAUAUUUAAAUACGAAUCCAUUACGCUUUAUACAAGAUGAAAAAUCAAAAGUACUUAGAAUUGAUGGGAUAAAUUAGUACUUCAAAGUAAUAUCGUAAAAUGACAAAGACAUAGUUUUUAGAAAAAUACAAUAUGACAAGCUAUGCGUACUUGUAAAUGAUUUUUAAAUUUAGUAAGUAUUUUACAUGUAAUAAAGUACGUACGCCCCAAUAUUCAAGUGAAAUAAAUCUUAGUCUACGAUCUUGUUAACAAAGCGUGUUUGUCUCUUGUUAUUGUUGUUGUUCUUUAUUAUUCCAAAUUAACUCGUGGAGAGUAAUUAAUGAGUUGCAAUUAAGGACUUCAGAAAACUUUUUUGUCAUAUGCAAAGGCACUGUCCCAACAAACUCAGAUAGAAAUAUACUUAGGGCCUGUUUACAUGGAGGUGGGGCGGCCCGGUAGGUGAGGUAACCUGUAAACGUGAUCAAAUUAAAAUGAGAGAUUAUAUAGACAGGCGGGUUACCUCGUCUAACCUCCACGUAAACGGGCCGUAAACCAUUUUCUCCUCUUAAAGGGUGACAAUUAAUCCAAACAGGUGGCAAACCAGUUGACUAUCUCACACGCAUGGUUAAGGAUAUGUCGGGUUUACCGAGAAUAAACCCGGCAAGCGGUUAGGGCAGGACUUGAAUUUGGGGCCUCCGGAUUACAAGUCCAGCGGUCUUACCACUCUGUCACGCUAUCUCCCACUGAACCUCCAACAGCGAGAAGAAGUUGUGUCACGUUGCCAUGGUAGCAACAUGUCUAAAAAACCGCAGUCCUGCAAAUACGACAGAAAAAAAAGGAAAAAAUCGACAUGUAUGACUUUCCCGUGCAUGAUCGCACUCGUAAAUAAAACGGUAGCCCAUACUUUUCAUCCAUCGUUCGACAAUGCAAAUGGCCGUCUGUGUCAAGAAAGAUUAUUGAGAUCCGGAAAUGUUCCUACCAUGGUAACGUGACGUCACAGGUCUCCUCUUUAUCUAACAAAGCUCUUUAUACGGAAAUCCACAGCUAUGGUAAAAACAAGAUUACGGGUCAAGGUCCCGAUAUAAUGAACACGUUUUCCAAAUUCCUGGUGUUUCAUUACAUAAAGGUCGUAACAGUGUUUCCACUGUUUUGAUUAUCUUUACUCGAAAUUCAUCAAAGAUGUAAUAAAUUUUAAUUGCAGAUACAAGGAAUUCUACUUCUACGCGUCGUAGAAGAAGUAAACACGAUGAAAAGCAACUCCCAGGUCCAAUUAACGCGCCGGUGACAUUCCACCCCCCUCCCUCUCGAUCAGAUGUGCUAAGGCGAGAAUAUGACAGACAGAGAAUGGAGCUGCAGUCAAGUAGCGGGCUGUCAGCGGAUACACGAAACAGGGAGUUUGUGGGACCUGGUAGGUCGGCACCCAGACAGACGAAAACCAGCCCAAAAUCAGAAACGAGGUAGAGAAGUCUUUUUCUCUCGUAGCUUUGUUAACAGUUCGGCGCUGAAGCUCCCUAGGUCGAUCACGUUGGUUUAGAAAGAUUUGCAAAUAUGGGCCCGUUUCCUCAAACGAUUUUUCGUACGAUUUCGUACGCUUGCGUCAAUUUUAACACGUUUUUUUCUUUUUUUUUUUUCAGUUCCAGGUCUGCGCGGUUUCAGUACGACGCCAACGCGACUCCAAGAUUCCCGGAUUAUGAAGCUCGAUUGGCAGAUCAGCAACAACUGGCAGUUUUAGCUGUGAUGAACGAGAAAGAAGCCAUGAUAUUACAGAAAAGAAAGUUAGUCACUCCAUCAUAUUGAUCUCCCUUUAAUGUUUGACUUAGGAAAUGGCUUCAAAAAUGUAUGUAUUUUCGCGAGUGUUUUUGUGUGUCCAUAUCUAAGAAUUAUACUCAGCUGGAACUAUGAAAAGAAGGGGAGAAGUCUAUCCAGCACCAGCCUACGUAGUUGGCUUUUUUUGGGGAAAGGUGCAACGGAGGGGAGACCGAGCGAGCGGUGAAGCUGCGAGGGCGGAAACAACACAGGACUAUCAUUUUAGAUACAUGUAGACUUAAUUCAAGAUAGAUUGGUAGCUAAUUGUUAGCUUGUUUCUCUUGCGUUACAUUUGAAUUCGACUACGCGCAGUCCUUCAUUUUCCUCCGGGAUAAUAGAGCUUACUGGAAAAUCGCCACCCGCGAUAACCACUAACCAGAGACGCUCUGUCUCCGGUUGUUCAACUACUACAAGCAGGCCCUCAUUUUCCUCUGGGAGAGUAGAGCAAACGGGAAAAUCGCCACCCCCGACAACCGGGGACACCCUGUCCCCGGUUGUUCAACUACUACGAGCAGUCCCUCAUUUUCCUCAGGGCCGCGGAAUAUUAGAGCGAGUGGGAAAAAUCACCACCCGCGAGAAAAGUGACACGCGGAGGGAAGCGUUUCGCUUUUCCCGAGCGUGGCAGUUUUCAUGCGCGCUUUCGUAUUUUGUGCACUCAGAUAUACCUGGGUAAAAAACUACUUGCAGUCUACAUUUGCGUGGACGCAUUGUUUAAACAACCAUUGCAACAUGAGGCAUAUCACCCUUCGUUUAGAGACCCAAUUGUAAUCGAACUCACGAAAAAGCCAUCUAGAAUAACCGUUUAACCCUUUAUACCCUGAGAUCAAAAUUUGAAUUGUCAUUUGUUGCCCCUGUUCAUUUCCAUUAGAAGUAGUGGGAAGAAGUUGAUAAAAUAUCAAGCAAAUUCAUUUUGUGUGAUCAUGUCCGUGAUUCUCAUGACCACUCUGUUUUACAAAGCAUUGACAAGUACAAGGAGAAAUUUAAUGCUGAUCACUCUUAGGGCUUAAAGGGUUAACGCUGGUGCACAAGUACGGCAGAAAAAUCCCAUUAUGAGCCACCUCGAAUAAGCUCUCCGCCUAAGCAUGGGGUCCAUUUCUAGAACUUGGUUUUACCCUUAAGUAAUCGUUUUGAGAGCCAAUCAAAUUCAAAAUCAGGCUGAAACUAUUAUAUACUUUUAGUUCCCUUCCUAACUGGCAUUUCAGUAAGAAACUCAUUGUUUUCUUCAGGGACAAACAGGCGCUUGACGACUGGAGGGAACAGACCAAAAUGAUGCGGCAGCAAAAACAGCGACUUGCGGCCAUAAAGGGUUCUAUACCUGGUGAGUUAAUAGUGCACUUUUCGGAGCUGGGAUGGCUUUGGUUGGACAAGAUGACUUUUAUUCUGGCUUUAGAUACGGCUAGCCAGCCUGAAGUCCCCUACCCAAACUCGGCUAGUGGGACUGUUUUUGAAAUGGCGCCUGCAUAUCCAAAUAACUUUUCUUUCUUACCUCUAGCUUUGGGCAUUUGAAUUGACCUGCCAUGAGGAGAUUGACCAUGAGCAAAGUCUUUAAAUCUAAAAUAAGCACGUGAUGAGUGGCGAUUUUCGGAGCAGUUUUCUCAGAUCACAUAGUUGAUCCUUUUAAUAUAUCGUGUAACUAUUCCGGUUUUGUUUUGCAGUUGAGGUGAAGGCGCCUUAUGGAACUGAAAAGUCUGCCAAGGAGGAAGAAAAGGUGUGAUUUUUUAACUUUUAUAGAAUUUAUCUUGAAACUAAAAGCCACUCCUUUCCAUUCCUUAAAAAUUAAAUGUUUCGAAAGUACCUUAUGAAGGUGACUGAUAUUCAUUCACACAAUGCGGACCAACCCUUGCAGUGGCGGAUCCAGGGGAGGGGCCCGGGAAGCCCGCCCCCCCUUAUUUUUAGACCAAACUGGGGCCCGAAGGUCUGAAAAAAAUUUUUUGAGCCCUGGGCCUCCCCCCCUUACCUCAGGGUCUGGAUGACACCCCUCCCCCCUAUAUCUGAAGGUCUGGAUCCGCCACCGCGGUGUAAGAUUAGUCUGCUACACAGCCGUUUUUAGUGUCGUCACGCAAUGCUCCUCCCCUCAAUGGCCGUUUAUCAGACUAGUGUAAGAUCAAAUUAUGGUAACAUGAUUGUACUACAUAAUCCUCCAUAGCUGCCAUGGAACCUAGCGCACAUAUUCAGUAUUUUGAUUCAUAAUAUAGCGGUGGUUAACUCGAAAGCUAUGAUCCUCUGACCACCGUACACUUCUCUCGAAACAAUUCACUUCUUCUAUUCAUAUGAAAAACUGAAACUGGACUGAACUGAAACUGUUCUUUAGACUCCCCAAGGCUACGCCAAGCGACUCAAGGAGCUGUUGGAAGAAAAAGACGGGAAAGUGGCAGCGAGAAAGUAAGUACUUCAAAGAAGCUCUGUCAUGAGUCAGUUUUUAACAACGUACAAGAAUAUUCUGAAAAGGGAAAUCUGAAAAUAUAGUUUAGCCAAGCAAUGAUAGUAAAAAAACUGGAGAAGAAAUACAGUCAUUCCGACUCGUUCCAGGAAUGUGAUAAAAGGUGAUCGAACGCACUGAAUCCUAAUUAUCCCAUGUAUUCCUAUUCCAAAAUAACGUUAAUCGAACACUCCCUAAAUGAUAGCCUGCGUAGCAAGCGUUUCCGUUUGGUUUCGAAGCAAGGAAAGACUGAGGAACGGAAUUUUUGGUCAAUUUUUUGGCCGCGCCAGAAAUGACACUAGAACCUCCUCGCUCUUUUACUUGCGCCAUUUUUCGCGCGGUGUUUGACUCUUUGUUCCUCGUUUUUUGCUCCUAAAUCUGACGGAAACGCUUGCUUCGCAGGCUACCUAAAUGAGUAACAAUAAAAUGGACCGCAACUCGCCCAAACUCGCCUUUACUAUUGAGGACAAACGUCCUUGCUAUUUUAAUGUGGAUGAGUGCUCUCACUUUUUAUUGUCAUGACAGGGCCUUAGAAGAUCGCGAGUUGGAAACUAGAAUAAAACAACACAUGGAAAAGUUACAACAGCACCGUAGUAAAACUUACGGAUCGAUACACGAUGAGCUGGAGUCUGCGAGAGAGAACCUAGAAAUGGUAAGUGCCUGUUAGAAAUCCCGCACUAACUCGCCACGGUUAUGUACAUUCCUCCAGAGAAUGAAGAUCGGCUGCCUUAUCCACGCGAUUUUAUUACUUGUUAUAGGUGUUUAGGUUGCUCGUCGAUGGGAAAGUGCGAAUGUGGCGAAAUAUUUUUCUACAGGUGUCUACUAGGGAAAAGACUCCUCAAAAAGUCCAACGGCCCGGACGAAAUGCAAAGAACUCCAUGUGGUGGAACCACGGAUUCUACCGACAAUCCUUCCCAAUUCCAACCUUCUCUUAGGCUUAAAAUAAAGACUACGUGUACGCUGUCGCAAUCAAGGAAUGCUACAUUCGUUUAUGAUGAUGCCUGAAAUCGUCCUAAAGGAUGUUGCCUGAUUGACAGUAUUCCGCAAUAAGAAUAAACAAACUUAACUCUAGAAAUCGCUACCUCACAGCUGCACCCCUGGCUGAAUGCACCAUUCUAGAGUGAAUCCAAGAUUUCAAUGGUAGACAUUUGUAAGCGUCUUCCGUGCAUUUCUCUGAUUCCCGAAUGCGGUCAAUCGAUUCGCCAUUUGCACAUCUCUCAUUUCUCUCAUUAUAUCAUAGCUCGGUUCCCUCCCCCAAAAUUGUUCACAAGCAUUGUCUUCAGUUUCUCUUGGGGUGCGGGGAGUUGAGGGGGAGGGCAACAAGGUGUAUUAUGGGAAAAUGGUGAAUUGCACCCCUGUUUACUUCACGUAGGUUAUGCCUGUCGGUUCGCUUUUGUUUUGCGGUGUGGGUACUAUUGUUCAAUGUCUUGUCAAUCUUUUGUAUUACGCGACAUUUGGUGAUUGCAUCCGUCCUCAACACCAAGAAAGGCUCCCGUAAAAUGACCAAGUUGUACGACAUAAAAUCAAUAAUUCUAAGGCUUGCGCAGAUUCCCACCUCCCCCCUGACCCCUAUUGGUUCUUUUAUUCAUUGCAGGCGCGUCAGAUACAGCGCGAAGUGCGUGAUAGGAAGGAGUUGGAGUACCGCCUGAGGGCCUUUACUGGUGAUGAUGUGACGUCAUUUUACUGGGGAUCAAAGUCCAAGACUAAGAAUGCUCCUAAAUGAAAACUUUCAGUGAAUAAGAUAGUUGUGUAAAUACGGAUAUUGCAAAUACC